AUGGUGAAGCACAACAAUGUUGUGCCCAGUUCCCACUUCAGGAAGCACUGGCAAAACUAUGUCAAAACUUGGUUCAACCAGCCUGCCCGCAAGCACAGGAGAAGAGUUGCAAGACAGAAGAAAGCUGUGAAGAUUUUCCCCAGGCCCACAGCUGGACCACUUCGUCCUAUUGUCCAUGGCCAGACCUUGAAGUAUAACAUGAAGGUCAGAGCUGGUAGGGGAUUCUCUCUGGAGGAGCUGAAGGCUGCUGGAAUCCCGAAAAAACUUGCCCCAACUAUUGGCAUCUCGGUUGACCACAGGCGUAGAAACCGUUCCUUGGAGGGUCUUCAGACCAAUGUCCAGAGGUUGAAGACAUACAAGGCCAAGCUCGUUGUCUUCCCGAGACGUGCACGCAAGUUUAAGGCUGGUGAUUCUACUGCUGAGGAGUUGGCUACAGCUACACAAGUCUCUGGUCCUUACUUGCCGAUUGCACGUGAGAAGCCAACUGUUGAGCUCGUUAAGGUUACUAAUGAGAUGAAAUCGUUCAAGGCUUAUGACAAGCUUCGCCUUGAGAGGAUGAACGAGCGUCAUGUUGGUAUUAGGGCUAAGAGGGCCGCGGAGGCUGAGAAGGAAGAGAAGAAAUAG